GCUUCGGAUCAUCAGUUUUCCAAGCUCCUGACACCGAGAAGUUGUUUCAUUCCGCCAAAAUGAAGCUAGCAGUCGCCUUCACAGUGGGACUGUGCCUUCUGGCAGUUGCUUCAGCAGUUCCAGCACCGGCGCCGGGCCCUGAACCAAUCUUUUCGCUGUUAAGUGGACUCACCAGCAGCCUCUUCAGUGCCAUUUCGACUACAGUGUCAACUUUGCUGCCCAAGAUAAACUCCACCAUCAGCCAGAUUACGGGAACCCUGACAGGACUCGCGACCACGGGAACCACCGCCACCACCACCACACCAACCGCACUAACCACCUUGCUUAGUACUGCGGUUACCAACGCCCAAACCGCCCUUCAAAAUGCUACCACGGUGUUGAGCACAAUCCUGCAGAAUGCAACAACGGCACUUACCGCUCCCGCUACCACGCUGGCAACGGCAGUUACCACACUGAACACUGCCUUGGGUACGGUUCUUUCCGUCGGAGCUAGUGCACCGCUGAAUUUGAUCUACGCCCUCGGAAACGCUACCGCUAACGUGACCAGCCAAACCGCACCACUUCAAACUGCUCUAAGUACAGGAAUCUCAACUGGCAUCAGCACUCUGUCGACAGCAUUGCCGAAUCUGCUCUCUACGAUCACUUCGAUCCUCAGCCAGAUUCCGACGGCUCUUUCCGGAGUUGCAUCCACGACCACUCCUCUGCUCAGUACUGCGUUGACCAAUGCUCAAACCGUCCUCCAAAACGCAUCAACCGUGCUGUCUACUGUCCUGACGAAUGGAACAACUGCGCUCACAACGGCGCUGACCAUCCCGGCAACCACACUGGCAACCGCGGUUUCCACGCUGAACACUACCCUGGCUGGUGUGCUUUCCGCAGGAACAACCGUACCGCAAACCUUGAUUAGCGCACUGACCAACGCAACAUCACUCGUGGCCACUCUAACCUCGCCCAUCCAAUCUGCCCUCAGUACUGGACUAACGACCGGUCUCAGCACCCUGUCGACUACGUUGACGAGCUUGGUACCACAGGUCACAACAACCCUGGGUCAGAUUCCGACCGCAUUAACUGGACUCGUAUCGCCUUUGCUCAGUACCGCGUUGACCGGCGCCCAGACGGUACUCCAGAACGCUACCACGCUGCUCUCCACAGCCCUGCAGAAUGGAGUCACAACGGCGCUCACAAUUCCGGCUACCACGCUGGCAACGGCAACUUCCGCGCUCAACACUACCCUGGCUUCGGUCUUGUCCGCUGGAAGUACCGUUCCGCAGAUCUUGAUCGAUGCCCUGACCAAUGCAACUACCAACGUGGCCAACCUGACCUCCCCCCUCCAAACUGCCCUCAGUACGGGACUCACUACUGGACUCAGCACCCUCUCCUCUACCCUGUCCACACUGCUGCCACAGAUCGCUUCCACUCUUACCCAGGUUCCGACGUUCCUCACCAGCUUAGCGUCCACGGCAGCAACGACCGCCACCACCGGCUUGUCAUCCAUGCUCAGUACUGUGCUGACCAACGCCCAAACCGCCCUAACGGCCGCAUCCACUGUACUCUCCACGGUGCUGGCGAACGGAGCAACGGCCCUCACCUCGGCAAUGUCCACCCAAGCAACCCAGCUAACGUCGGCGAUCACCGCGUUGAACACCGCCCUUGCUUCGGUUCUAGCCGCCGGAACGAAUCCCUCGCAGACGCUGAUCUACGCCUUGGGCAAUGCCACCGCAAACGUGGUCAGCCUGACGUCGGCCCUCAACGCUACGGUGGCCCCAGCAGCGACGAAUGUGGCCACUGCGAUCAACACAGGAAUCACCGGAAUAACUGGACUGUUCAACACCGGGUUGAAUUUGUUCGGAAGAUUGUUGGGAUAGAAUGGAUUAUGAAUAAAGUUCCACUGAAUACUAUA